UUCUGGGGGUGAACUUGCGAGGUGCUGCACAUUAUUAGUAAACAUUGGAACGUUUGUUGAUAGGUAGACCGCGAGACUGUUUUUAUUUUACGUGGUUUUGUUUAUAGAUGUGCCUAAGGAACAUUCACUUUGGAAUUAGGGAUACUUUUGUUCCUGUGAGCUUCAGCAGUUUCUAUUUUUGCUUGUCAAGCACAACUAUGGGUCUCCGAGCGUGUCAGAGUACGACACGUGUUUUGUUAGCUAGAAAUCUGAGCUGGCAAGCUGCUACUGCCGUAGACCGGUUACUUGGAAAAAAGUAUUCUGAGAAAAAUAGCCCUUACAGUACUUCAGCCGGAAAGGAAUCGGAGAAAGUCGCCGGGCGGACUGUGGUGACGGAGAGGAGGGGGUCAGUGGUCACCGUGGCGAUCAACCGCCCCGAGGUGCGGAACGCGGUGAACCAGGAGACGGCUGGACGGCUGCUGGACGAGCUCACGGCCUUCGACAGUGACCCCGCCCUGACUGUAGCAGUGCUCCAUGGCAACGGAGGGAAUUUCUGUGCUGGUUACGAUCUGAAAGAGCUGGCCCAUCACACUGCCUCCCUCAAAUUGGAGCAAGAUGUCACCAAAGGUCCUGCUCCUAUGGGUCCCUCCCGACUGGUGUUGUCCAAGCCGUUGAUAGCAGCGGUCAGUGGCUACGCGGUGGCCGGAGGGCUGGAGCUGGCUCUGUUGGCUGACCUGAGAGUGGUGGAGGAGAGCGCUGUCAUGGGGGUGUUCUGUCGCAGAUUUGGCGUCCCCCUGAUUGAUGGGGGCACAGUCCGGCUCCCCCGUCUCAUUGGUCUCUCCCGGGCUCUGGACUUGAUUCUGACUGGACGGCCCAUUGGUGCACAGGAGGCCUUAGCCUUCGGAUUGGCUAACAGAGUGGUACCGGAUGGCCAAGUUCUGCAGGCAGCCCUGGAGCUAGCUGAGCAGAUCAGCACCUUCCCCCAGCAGUGCAUGCGUGCAGACCGCUCCUCUGCCAUCUACAGUGCCUACGACGCUCCCUCCUUCAGCCUGGCCAUGCAGUACGAGAUGGACCAUGGAGCACCAAUCAUCCAGGCUGAGUCUGUCGCCGGGGCAACCAGGUUCAGCUCAGGGACAGGAAGAGGCGGGAAAUUCUCCUCAAAGCGCUAGUAACACUUUAUUUAGGUAUGCUUAUAAACAUGACUACAUAGUGUAUGCCUAUGUACACUACAUGACCAAAAGUAUGUGGACACCUGCUCGUUGAACAUCUCAUUCCA